AUAUUUCUCAUUAAUCGCUUAAUGAUUCGAUUUCAACAAAAAUGAAUUAUCUCACAAUUUUUUUAGAAUUACGAUUCCAAGUAAUUGGAUAAUUUAGACCCAAUAAACUUAUCCAUAUAGCUUCAAUAUAUGAAAAAAUAAAAUACUCAUAACGUUUCCACGAUUACAAGAAGGUCGAAAAAAAGGAACAAAAAUGAGUCAUAAAACUAACACUUGUGAGUGUGGGAAAGAUGAGGAAAGUCGUAGAAAGAACAAUUUCGCUAAAAUCAGUUUUCUUAGAGGAGGUUUUCUCGUUUUUUUUUUUUUUUCUUUUUUUUUGUGCAGAGAAGGCAUGCUGGAAGCAUUAGGCAUCAUCGGGAGGGGGGGAGAGUGAGCGAGAGCGUGUUGUUCGUUUUAACAUGAUGGUCGUGUGUCUGGAAAUGGAUGGGGGGAUGAUUUUUGGAAGAAGGGGUUGAGGUGUAGUUGGAUAUAUAGGGAGGAGUCGUUUAAGGGGAGGAUGGCAGCGGUACUCGUUGGGGAUGUCGUGGUUCAACCAAUAGAAUUCAUUCACAAGGGGUGCGAAGCCAUCUCUCUCCCGGAGGCCACGCCCUUCAGCGCCCUCCAUCCGUUAUUGAAUUAAGCUUAUCAUUUGAUUUUGAGGAGACCCACCAGUCGGUCGUCUCAGCCGCUCUUAGCGGGUUACGAAAAAGUUUCCUAUCAAGAGAUAAUCGCAAUAAUUUGAUAUCGCUGAUCCGAUUACUUCAUAACCUCCUCGCCCUGCGUUUGGAGAGGUGGAGACGAGUUAUCUUACUGAGGAGCCAUACAAACUCUCGUGCUCGCUUCUUCUGGUUAAGAGACCGGUGUGCCCCGAUUUUUCAUAUAGAAUCGGCUCAGUCGAGGGCCAGCGCGCGAGCGCGCGUGCGCUCCUUACCAUCCUUUGGGAUCGGUAAUUAUUUUUUUAAUAUCGUCGGUAGCAAGUUGAAAAAAUAGUAUAAUUAAUUCACGGAGGGGAAAUUUGUUUUUUUUUUAUUUUCUGAUGCAGUGAAGGGAAGGGAAGGGGAAAAGAAAGUGAGACCACCAGGUGGCGGGAGGUGUUUUUCUCCCGCAAGUGAGAAUGGACUACUCGUAUUUGAAUCAAGCGGCGGCUGCAGCGGCGGCUGGUUUUGAAGCUUCAAGUUGUGCAUUGGCAGCUAGUGAAAUGCAAUGUGGUUAUGGGGACUUAAGUUCGUGUUCUCAAAUGAGUCAGGCGGCUUAUCGAUAUACAGCGGCCAGGGCUGGGUAUCCUAGUAAUAGUGGUGGGGCUGGUGCCGGUAAUCCAUUGGGCUCGCAUCAUGGGGCCCACUCUCAUGCGCAUGCGCAUCAUGGCUCUCACGCUACCACCUGCUCCGUUAUGGCCGCUCGGUCCCAGGAAGUUCAUCGUCACUCCGCUGCCAUCUUUCCGUCCACUAUUAAUCUUCAAGGUGGUUUAAGUUAUAAAGCAUACACCGGUCACGAUGGCCUUGCGGAAAAAAGAAAACAACGUCGGAUACGAACGACAUUUUCGUCUGCGCAACUCAAAGAACUCGAGCGUGCCUUUCAGGAAACGCACUAUCCUGACAUCUAUACUAGAGAAGAGAUAGCAAUGAAAAUUGAUUUAACGGAAGCCAGAGUACAGGUGUGGUUUCAAAAUCGUCGAGCAAAAUUCAGAAAACAAGAGAGACUUGCCCAACAAAAAACGACGUCACACGGUGGUGUUGGAGUUGAUAGUGGGGCAUCAAGUCCUGUUACGGGAAACGUAAAGACUGAAGGACGCUCACCAAGAAGUCCAGAGACGCCGCCUGGUGGCUCAAGCAAUAGUGUUCUCUCCUCGACAGAGGUCAAGCCAAUCACAAAUCAUAGUUUAGUAAAUAUUAAACAUUCCGAUGGACAUGGUGAGAGUAUUUCACCGAAUGGUAGAGGAAGUGGAAGUGCGUGGGGCUCAUGUAGUCCGAGACCAUUUUCCGCUGCCUUGCCGUCCUAUUUACUUGAUCCUAUACCCCUAAAAACCGCGAACUUAUAUUAAUAUCGAAAAAAAGAACCCCCCUCCCAUGUAAAUAGAAAUACUGUGUAUGUCGAAUGCAAGCAAUGGAUGGAAUUUAGCAAUAUACAGAUAAUUUUCAUCAAAAAACUGAUGGUAAUGUUUCAUAUUGUAAAGUUCUAUUAUAUUAUUUAUCCACCACGUUUAGAGGAUUUAAAAUUGUAAAACUAAAAAUUCAAUCAGUUAAAUCCUGUCCAUUUUGUAUAUGCCUACCAAAGGUGGAGUAUUCGGUGACAAAAUUUUGAAAUUUUAUUCAACUAGAUGUUUUUUUUUUUUUUUUUGCUAUUAAAUUGUAAUUGUUUCUAAUCGAAGAAAAUUCGUUGACUCCGCCAUUGGUGAUAACCGAUUAAGGUUACCUCUAUGAUUAAGUAUAUCAUUGUGUGUGACCGGAACUUGUACAGUUGUUGCUAUAAAUAUAUAAAAAAAAUUAGUGUUUUA